AUGAUGGACGUGGAGUCUGCGUACACUGAAUUUAUAACCUGCGAUCGAACCGGUAGAAGGAAUGCUGUUCCCGACAUCAAGGAUGAAUGUACGACAUGUGAGGGGGAUCUUUCGGAAAACAUGGGAGACCUGAAUAUACAAGAAUCAGGUGAGGGAUAAAUGACAUUAUCAAUGCUUACUGUUUGCAUACCAUGUAUGCAUACCUUCCAACAGUCCCGAAACUGGUAGCACAGUCCUGAUUUUAAGGUCCUGGGUUGGUUCCUGUUUCCAGCAAGCAAAGCAUGAGUACAUUUUUAGAAGGAGAGGCCCUACCCCGCUACCAGAUAAUCCUCUGAGCAAAGUUAGAAGGAUGUGUAUAGAGCGUUUUGUCCGUUGUAGACUCUAUCCCUUUUGGCUAAGAUGACCAAUGCCUUUAUUCCAACUGCAAUGUACUUCCGAAUAAUCGGGGUUAUGUAUAAAAAAUUUUAAUGAUGACAUAAUUUGUGUUGGUGCUUAACUAUAAAGUGAUUCCCACCAGUUCCAUAUUCCUCUGUGGAAGUACAGUAGAAAGAAAUAAUGUAAAAGUAUUUUUUUAUUUAUGAAACCAUUUCUCGGUUAUCCUGGUGUCCUCUGCACUAUAGGAAAAGGUUCAAUUCAAUCUGGCCCAUUUGUUUUCUCGUAUAAAGUCCCUUUUAGACAUACUGUAUAGACGCACAGGUAAAAAUGUCACCAAAUAAAUUAUUCUGAUUGUUUAAAGAUGGCAUCAGUUUUAUAUAACUACCAGUGUCUUCAUACAACAGGGCUUGACAAAUUUGUUUGGAAUCUAGGAGCCAGCACUGUAGUCACCAGAUCCACUACAGCUUAAUGUAGUGGUUCCGGUGCCCAUAGCCUGUGCCUGUAGCCUUUUCAAUGUAAACGCUGCAUUUUCAGAGAAAUGGCAGUGUUUACAUUGCUGCCUACUAAGACUUCUACUUGCUGUCACUCAGACGGCCACUAGAGAGUCCUGUGUCAGUGCUCCGCAUGGAGGCGCUGAAUGUUACCCAUACAGCACAAGCGCAAUAUCCUCCCAAUGCUUUCCUAUGGGAAAGCAUUGGCUUAGCUGAGAUCAUAAAGAUUGAUGAACUCUGCAAUGGAGGAGGGACAAGCCACGGCUUUACCUGUACAGCGUGGGGGGAAAAAGGGUGAGUAAAAACACCAAUCGUGAUCGGAGGGGGGAAGGUACCUAAACAGACACUCUCUGACAGAGACACACACAUAUACUGACAGACAUACACACAUAUACUUUCUCAAACACUCACAAAUUUCCUUUUUUAUAAUUUUAAUCCAUUUAGCCUGCCUAACUUUGGGAGAGCUGAGUGGACUUUCCCUGGGGUCCAGUGGGGCUGCUCUCUCUUCCUCUGUGAGGGGGAGCAGUAAUCUACCGUGCAGCUACUCUCUGCUCCCUGUGAUGCCGGGGCCAGAAUGACGUCAUAUUCCGGCUCCCGGCAUCAUUAAACAGUGCAAGGGAGCAGAGAGGAGCCGCUGAAAGAUCACUGCUCCCUUGCACGCUUCCCCAGCCGACCACCUUGAUGCUGCACUUAGCCAGCCGCCUCCAUAAAGCCCAGGGUGGCCGGCUACAAUGCUAACUCAGCCAGCCGCCUCCAUAGAGCGCAGGGCUGCUGGCUACAUUGCUCUCUCAGCCGGCCACCUACAUGCUUCCGAGGGUGGACAGCCGGCUCCAUUAUUUGUCCAGCCGGCCAUUUUAGAUAAAAAGCUGACAAAUCCCAGGUGUCAGGGCAAAAUGUUUAGUCGCCAUGGCGACCUAGCGCCUGAGAUUUGUCGAGCCCUGUCAUACAAGAUGCUGGACACAAUGACAAGAAACAUCGAACACUCUUAGAUCAGUAACAAUCCUCAUGAUGAGAUCCUUGGGAUAAGUGCUCGAUAGAGAAGUGUAUCUUUUUGACCAUAGAAUCAAGCCAGUGUCUCUUGUGCAUCUUAAUAUCAAAGUUCUUUCACAAAUGCUUUGUAUUUCUUAGGAGGUCAAGAGAGAGCAACGUCUUCAGAUAGUGGACAAGACCAGAGUAAAAAAGCACAAGACGGCAGCUCACCGUCGUGA